AUGUUGCUUCAAUACGCGGAGGCCUUGUGCGCUAGGCAUCUAGUGCUUGCUAGUGCAUCGCCCCGGAGGCGUGAAAUCCUGGGCAAUCUCGGGUUGAAGUUCGAUGUGGUGGUGUCUCGUUUCGACGAGGAUUUGGACAAGGCGAAGUUCGGAAACGGUGGCGAAUACGCCAUGGCGACCGCGCAGCACAAGGCAUUAGAGGUUGCCGAUCGCCUCGAGCAGGAGGAAAACUCGCCGUUCAUGAUUAUCGGGGCCGAUACGGUGGUAGAAGCACCCGAUGGAACUAUCAUGGAGAAGCCCAAGGACGAGGCAGAGGCAACAAACAUGCUUUUGUCGUUGCAGGGCGUCUCUCAUCAGGUUCAUACCGGAGUUUCGCUAGUAUUUACGGACGGCAGGCUCGUGAAGUCGUUUUCGGAGACCACUCACGUGACUUUCGCCCCACUUGACACCGAGGAGAUUGCGGCUUACGUGAAAACUGGGGAACCUUUCGACAAGGCUGGUGGUUACGGUAUUCAAGGGCCAGCAGGUGCGUUUGUCAGCUCGAUUAGCGGAUGCUACUUCAACGUCAUGGGGUUCCCCAUACACAAGUUUGCGAAGACGAUGUCGGACCUGAUCAAGGAUGAGACAAUCAAACCGUAG